AUAAGACAUGACCUAAUCCUGACAAGAUUUUCAAAAUCAAUGUCAGAAACCGUCAGUAGUAUGUUUUUGUAUUUUGUGUGGAUGAAUUUUUUGUUCAAGUGAAAUUUACUACUCAAUGAAACCAUUUUCUAAAACCAAUCUGCACACCAGUUUCAAAAUUCACAGAAUGCUCGUACACUGGAAAUCGCUGUUAGGAUUCGGGUUCGCUUUUUGGAUUCUGUUAUGCCUUAAUGACUUCUUAGGUGGUAAGAAUCAUGGAUACUAUAUGGAAUAUGAAACUGAUUCAGACAAUGACAUCACUAAGGAUUCUGACUGGAGAGCUAUCGUUUCGAAAUUUGGCAUAUCGAUGUUGAUAUGGAAUACAAUUACAUUCAUUUUCUCACUCAUAUUCUGCUACCUCAUCACAACAUUAGGCCGGUUCAUCUGGAGAAUUUCAUGGUCAUCCAGAAUCCCUUCGGAAAAUGCGAUAAAUCAACUACUAAGCACUCCUAUAAUUUCCGAACAACCAAGCACCAGCCUCAGCAAGAUACCCGUAAUUAUAAAGCCAUUGCCAACAAACUCCAGGUCCUCUGAUACUGACCUCAAGAUGAAACCAAAAGUCCACUCCGAUGCAAGCUGUCCCAAUCUACUUCCGAAAAGAACACCCAGUAACAUGUCCCAUUGUACGUCAAUGUCACUGCCUCAAUGCCAUACCUUAUUCAAAAAUAACAAGCUAUUUUCUCCUACUGCCGAGGAGAAUGAUAAGCUUGAUAGGCACCUAGAGAUACAAUGUACAAAACUAAGAAGUGAAAUGGUGAAGCUUCAAGCUUCCUUCUUGAAAGAGCGUUCCAUCAUAUCCAGGAAGCUGGAAACUGCUGGCAGAGAGAAGAAGGAAUUGUCCAAGCAGCUGACUGUAGCUCAGAAGGAAAAUAGAGCUGCAAAGCAACAAAUGGAAGAGCUUCUACAGGAAAAGGGUGUUUUGAUCAAGAAAUUGGAGAAUGCGACCAAAGAAUUCAAGUCCAACAUCAAAACGAAGAAGUAUGCUCUAGCCAAGCUGGAAGAAGUAACCACGAACGUUGAUAAUCUGAAGCAGCAACUACAGCAAGUGAGCAGAGACAAGGAGAUUUUGGAAAACAAGUUGAAAGUACUUGAAAGCGAAUACGAAAAGCUGCAAGAGAGGUUCAUCUUGUCGAAUCAAACCAAUUUUUCUGGUAGUCAAGAGCAUGCAGCAGAAAGAGAUAUGAGUGCAACAAAAGAUAGAAACACAGCUGGAAAUUCGGAAACAUUUAACGGUGCCGGAGGAAAUACUGCCAGCACUAAGGAUUCUUCCUUGGUUUCCCAAGCAGAUCUCGACAUGAAGAAAAUCCAAGUCAAGAUCCAGCAACUAGAGAAGAAUUUGGAAAACUUCAACAAGGCAGACCCGAACAAUCAAAACGGUGCACAAACAGAAUCUGAAAUCAGUUUAUUGACCAACAACUCUGAUACGAUGAGAAGAACUGAAGAUGAUACGGAUUAUUCUGAGUACUAUUUCCCCAGUCCAAGGAUCAGAUUCUGGGGUGGUAGAGCUGGAGAUGUGAUCCAAACUUUAGCGAGAGGAAUGAAUGAAAAAGUCCGUUUUCUGGAUAAUAUCAAAGAAAGAUGCGAGACGGAGAUAGAUGAGUAUUCCUCUCAAGAGUCUCUAGAUGACAUCAGAUGUCCCACUAGGAUGGUCAGUAGUUCAGUGGCUUUCCAGAAUUUCCUCAAAUGUUUGCAGCCUUCUGAUGUGAGAAGACAAUUCGGAUCUCAAACUAGUUUGAAUAUUCAGAUGUGAUUGUCUAAAUUAAAUCGUACGUCCACAUAUGCAGAAUUUUAAUUUAUCACUUCACAAAACUGAGAAUCAAAAUAAAGAGGUAUUUUUUUCUGCCUUAUCAUGCUCUUGAACUUGUCGCAUUCACUUCUCCAACAGGAAAUUUUAUCCCUGAAAGUUUUCUUCCUUUUAAUACAUUUACAAAGCUUCACUAAAUCUUCUGUUACUGCCUCUGCCUGUUUUUUCUCGAAAGUUCUUGUAGUUUCGACAUCUGCCGUUACGAAAGCAUCAUUUUUCUUGAUAACAUCCUGUAUAGCUUCUUCGGAAGCAUUCGUUUUAUUCUUCUCAGUGAACUGAAGAGAUAAAUUCGUCAAAAAAGUCUUUGUAGUUUCAAUAUCAAACAUUUUCUUCAAUGCCCUGUUUGUUGAAUAACAUUCUUGCUUGUUCUUAUUUUUCUUAUAUUUCGAUAAGCACAUGUCUUCUCCUAGAAGAGCAGUAUUCUUGAAUCUUGCUGCUAGACUAUCGAAAAUUUUCUUCCUAAACUCAAUCGUAGUGAGUUCAGGAUUCCUUAUGUCUGGUUUCUCUACUAUAGUACUAUCAGCAUCAACUACAGCUUGAAGCCUCCUUGUUUGGACCAUAUCAUUGCUCCAAAACUGCUGCCCAGAUAAAGUUUCAUUCACUACAAACAAUUUUUUGUACACAUUAUUCUUAGUGUGAUUACACCCCACUCUAUUCAAAGGGCCUUUCAAAAAACAUUUACUCCUUCCAGAUUUUCCUCCGAAGUCGACAUAGAAUUGUUUGUCAUAGCUAUCUUUGGCAUGUAAGAAUGGUGCUGUGUAGUCCAAAUUCUUUGACCGAAAUGGGCUGAUAUCAAAUGAACAGCUGUAUCCUGAAUCACACUCUUUACAUAUUUUCUCAAAAGUGACAGUGUCUUUAUUGACUUUAGUGAUAUUAUCAUCUUCAAUCUUGAGCUUGAUCUCAUCUUCAACAUUUCUCUCUAGGACAACAUCUCUGAAACGAAGCUCUAAAUUGUCGUGAGAAUCAUAGCUGACAGUGACAUAAUCGGGAUGUUGGUAAGAGAAAUCCAAAGAAACGAAGACAUAUCCAUCAACCAAAUCUUUAGAUACUUGUAUUGCGCUGGAUAUUUCAGUUCCAUCCCCAAAUCUAACCACCUGACUUCCAUUUUUAUCAAACAGGCACUGAAAGCCAUCGCCUCUCUCGAAGUAAAUUUCUUCGGCCAAGAAAUCUUGUUCAGUUGUAGUGUGAUAGACUCUCUUUUGCGUGAUCUUGUUGUUUUCUAGAGUUGUUCUAUGGCCAUCAAAGUUGAGAAGAACAGUCUUCAAGUAAGGUACCUUAUUGCUUUUUAAGAUACCGGCGAUAUCUUUGUUUAUGACGUACCCUUUCUUGGUUCUGAAGAGAUCUCUUCUACUGAUAUAGCAAUCAUCGUUCGCACUUUCAUCUUUCAUCAUUUUGUUGAGUUUUUUCCUGUAGUCAUCCAAGUUUUUGCAAUGGCAAGUUUUCAGAUUCGAUUCUCUUAUUAUUGUAUUUUGACUGUCUGGUUUCUCGAAGGAUAUGGUAUCUCCGUUUGAUUUCAUCAAGGUUAUGGUUCCAUCUAUUUUUUUGACCAAGAUGUAGCCAUCCCUAGUGAACAAUCUGAAUUCUUCGGUUCUUUCUUCUUCCGUCACAAAUUCUUGUUUGAUUUCCACCAAAUUGUCUCUUAUAUUUGAAGAGUAACAAGUAAUGUAUAAGCCAUUUGGUAAACAAACACGAAAAUCAAGUGUGCUCUUCACAGAAGAUCCGAUAUUAUUAGUUGAGUGAAUGAAUUUCUUUGUAUAAGAUGCAAGAGGCACUUCUUUCUUAGUAUUGUGCAAUAGCCUCCUUAUGAUAUUCGUCAAUGGUAUUUCAGUUUUGUUUUCAUGUUUCAUCAAGUAGGUCAAGUUGUCACUUAUUUUAUAUACUGGACACUCUUCUACAAUUGCCUGCUUCAAGCUCUUGUAAAUGUUUGUGAUGUCUUCAUCUAAAGUAACGUCUAUCUGUGAAUUUUCCGCUUUUUCUAGUUCAUCUUCAAAUUCAGCUUUACUGAGAUUGAUCACUUUUUGAUUUAUUGCAUGUUGCAAGAAUGUUUGUUCUUCAUCAGUCUCACCAGUAAGUUCGUCUACAGUGAGGUCAAUGGCACUUGAUGUUAAUGAAUUUCUUCUAGUUUUACGCUGUUGGUUUUGUAGAAUGAAGGAAACAACUGUUCCAUCUUCCAGAUUCCAAUGGAAAGUAUAGUCGUUCCCUAAGAACGCUUUAUUCGAAUGGAGAAUCAGACUAUGUCCUUUGGAAGUCAGGCAGACUGUGCAUUUUGGUUCCUCAUAUAUCAUUCUAGUGUUAUCCACUCUGAUUUUGACAUCAUCAUGACUAGAAAAAAUAGUUUCUGUGCCCCGUAUUGCUAAGUACUGUGUCCCAAAGUCAUAAGCCAAAAAAUUUUCGGAAACAUCGCUACCACACUCUUCAAUCAACGUACUAUUGCGAGGGUAAUUUUGAAUUUCUGUUAACAUUUCCUCAAAUGUCACAGUAUUUUCUUCUUCAUCUAUUUGGAUAUCUUCUGUGUCCCCAUCUGGCUUUGCUUUGGGAUCCAAUAAGUGUCUGUACUCUUGAAAUAGAUCGCUUUUCUUUACAUUCUUUGCACCUCUGCAUUCUUCCAUAUCUUCACUCUUCCUCACAUACUUUGCUGGUUUGUUUUUUUCCAACCACUUUGAUUCCUCAACGGUUAUGUAUUUGCAGAAAUCUCUAAGGCAAACUGGUGUCCUUAAUGUGACGUCAUACGUUUUGGUAUUGAUACCGAAUUCAUCUAAAUGGUCUGAAAAUUGUACCAGAAGGUUCUCAGUUUCUGGCGAAUAUUGCAUAUCCAUAUACUGAUACAUUCGUUGAUUGUUGAAGAUUUCUUGGAUCAUCACUUGUGAGUGUAGCUCUUCUUUCCAAAUGAAUGCCAUUGGACUAGGAUCGUAUAAAUUCAAGUUUGAUAUUUCGCAGUCUGAUUGAUCAUUUUCGUAUUGUGGUUGUGAAGAACUGCGAAAUUGAGAUCUACUGUAGGUUUGAAGGUUUUCUGUCAAAUCGGUGUCUUCGAAAUCUUCAAUAACUUCAUCGUACUUGAAAGUACUGAAUAGAAACAGAUACAAAAAGUGCAGCUGUGAUUUCGUGAAUUUUAUAUUGAGCUUAUUAGAUGGAUCGAUAUCAUGCUUAUGGAUGAAGUCGUCAGAAGGAACCUUGAUAUUUUUCAACAAGUUGAAUGGAUUCAUUAGUCUGACGAUAUCGUUGAAGCUAUCCACGAAUUUCGAGCCAAAGCUUCUGUAGGUUUUCAAUAUGACAGUGAGUAAAUCAGAUUCAUGCACCAUGAAGGUAUUUUUGGGCUUGUCGAACGAUUUUGUUGCUGCAUUCUUCACUUGGAAUAUUUCUUCGAUAUCAAAAGGGUUCUUACAACAAUCAAUAUGUGUAAGGCUGGCAGUCUGUGAGGAAAUUGUGUCCCAUAGAUCUUCCACUUCAACUCUGUCAAUACGUUUCAUUCUAUCGGAAGUUUCAUUCAGCAAAUUGAUCAAAACAGUUGCUUCGCUUGUUAGUUCUAAUGGUAUUUUGGAUGAAGUGAGGUUAUAGGUAAGUAGACACUCUAAAGGUAAAAUCUUGUAGUUUGCUUCCACUUGAUGGAUCUUUAUAUGUCUUAUGUAGUCUAAGUGCCUUAGUUUUAUAUCAGAGAUGUUUUUUAUGACAUACAAUAGCUCCUCGAAGGUAUUUUUAUAAUUGUUUUGAGUAGCUGUGAAUUUCAUGAGGAUGGUAUUUUCAAAAUUAAUCGAGCGAUGUGGUCCAUCAAAAUAGUCUCCAAUGAGGUCCCAAAAUACCUUGUGAUUCGGUGAAAAAUCGGAUUUCUUGGAUAUGUUAUCACUCACAUUGAAAGUCAUUACUGCUCUUAUAGGUACGUUGAAAGAUUCCAAUUGCUUGAGAACUUCUGCAUCUAAAAACCCCUGAAAGACGUAAAACCAGACGUGGUUGAAAAUGUCAUCAUCAAAAACGAUAUCACUAGCUUUCUCCGUCAACUUGUAACCAACAUCAAUCGCUAAACUUGACUUUGCUUCUAUUUUAACUUUGCUUUUCUUUUCUCCUAUGUUAGCAUUGGUGAUGGCUGUAACUUUAUUCGUAUUCUUGUUGGUAUUUUUUUUGGAAUCUUGAGCGAGUGAAGCUAGUUCUUCCUCUAGGCUGUUUCGCUUUUCCAUUUUACUUAUUUCCUUCAAGAAGUGAUGACUCAUGACUUCCAUGAGUUUUAGUUUGACUAGUUGGGAGAGCCAUGUGGAAGAAUUUAGAUUUUGCGAAGAUUUCCUUUUGAUACCUUGAUGAAUUUCUUGAGCGACUGCUUGAAAGGCUGGUGGAAAAACAUCCAGAUUGAAGUCGUCUAACAAUUUCAAGACUUCUUCGUAAGUUAUGAAAGUGACGCAGGAUAUUUCUUCAUAUUCCUUGACGCUUUUAAUCAGGUUGGUGAGGUAUUCAGUUGAGGUUUGGUUAUUUUCUGUGAUGAAGAUGAUAUCGAACACUUUCUUGGGGCAGAAUAUCUUUAGGUUCAGUUCGGAGAAGAUUUUAUCUAACUCGUCGUUAUUGUCAUCUACUUUCUCCUUUCUUUUUUUCUUAUUCUUGACUUGUGAGAGUCUCGUACUCAUUUCUGUAUGUUGUUUUGGUGUUUUACAAGAUAUUAGAGAGAGUCGUGACAGGUAUGAA